AUUGCACAUGCACGCAACCGUCAUCACAGUGGACUGGAAACUGGUAUGACAGUCAGUUCGAUGGCACGUUUGCAAUGAGCUGGUCAGGUAGUGCCAUUACAGUAACGGGGUGGUCAGUGACGGCCUAUUCAUCCACAGUGUCCAGCUGGACAUGUGUUUUGGAGGAUACUACAAAUAGAUACAUCGUGUUCCUUGGUGACACGACGGUGAAUUUGUUCGGGCAGCCCCAGAACGCCUAUAUAUGUAUGGCAUGGACUGAAGUCAGCACAUAUUCUUACAUUUACUACCUGCGGGCAAAUACGGAGACAAAUGCAGGAGAUUUCCGUGUUUUUAUAGAAGACUCCGCCAUCGCUAUGGGAUCAGCUAGCAAAUAUUGUUCCCCAACAAGUGGACCUUCAACAGCUGAGUACCACACCUUAGUCAAGCAAGGCUUUACUUCAAGCGUGGGCCAGUACUUUCCAACUCUACUACUGGGGACAUACGAAUACACAGCCAACGAUGGCUCUAGUUCGCUGUGUGGAACCGGAAGUGUAUGGGAUAACUGCGUUGACAGGACAUAUACAGCGUUCAAUUAUUCACAGUGUUCGACAGUAAUGGCAUAUUCAAGUGGCGGUACUUUGUACAAUGUAUAUUCACUAGUUAGCGGAUCGUACACGUAUAUAACCCUGGUCAACGAUGACACCACGACUGAUCAGUCCACCACGUACCGAUUCACAUGCCUGAUAACCGAAGCAUCUGGGUCGAACGUCCAGCUGAGUAUAGACCACGGCAGCUGUAGCCCUACCGGCACCCCAUCUACUGUCCCAACAGGAGGAAUGACAGCUCUGCUGACUCCUUAUGCAUUUACCACGACGAGUCCGACGACUACAUCAACUACUACUACUACUACAACUUCUAGUGCUACUACAGCUAAUGCCGCCUCCACUGAGACCAGUAGCGGCAGUAUUGGACUAUUUGUUGGAGCCGCCAUAGGAGGCUUGCUUUUCAUAUUGAUCAUUAUCGGCGUUGUUAUCAUCUGUCUUAAACUGAAGAAAAAGAAAAAUGUUGUACAUGACGAAGAAAAGAAACAGGUUCCUCCUCAAGUUCGUGUUUUUCGAAAAGACAUUUUUGAUAUUCGGAGAUUUCCAGGGAAAUAUUUACCACCAAUUAACGGAGAAUGUGUUAUAGAGACGAUGUCUCCACGAGAUGCCCUGGAGAUUGGGACACCUGAUGCUGAUAACCGAUUACUAUCCCCCUUACCAGUCCAUCCUGUUGCCCCGGUGACGGUACCACAAACCGACAAGCAUCCACUACCACCUAUUACAAACAAUGGGUGA